GCCAGCGCCGGUCCGCUGCGCGAGCGCACCCUAUAUCCAGUUCACGGCCGCUCUAUUAACGGACGGCUAUUUCGGCGCAUAAUAUACUGAACGGUGCGGAGCAGUGUUCAGUUUCGCGCGGGCAGGUGCGCGGGCCGAGGUCGGGAGAUGCGAGGGAGGCCCGACCCCAUGUGACGCCAUGGAGCGCCGCCGCCGCCCCGCCCGGCUCGACGCGCCCGACCCCAUGACGAAGGUGGCGCGGCGCCGCGAGCGCCCGCGCGAGCGCUGGCUGCUCACGCGCAAGACAUGGAAGUACAUGUCGGACGCCGGGCGCCGGCUCGUGCCCGACGGCGCGCAGAACCGGCCCGAGGACGUGCCGCGCAUCGAGGCCUACUUCCAGGAGGUGUGCGCCAAGGAGCCGCGCUUCCUGCUGUGGCGCAAGAGCUCGUACCCCGGCGCGCUGCCCAAGCCGCGCCGCAAGAAGCGCGCGCGCGGCGGCUCCGUGCGCGCGCGCUCGCCCUCCGACGACGCCGCGCCCGCGCGCCCCACCGACCUCUACAUCCCGCACACCUCCGGCGGCCGCUUCGACAUCGCGAAACUCCGGCGCGACUUCUUCGCCGCGCCGCCCUCCACGUCCGCCGGCUACCACGGCUCCAAGUUCGCGGCGCCGCGGGACGCCGGAGCGCCGGCGCCCGUCGAGGACGAGGAGAGUAAUCUAGUCGAUUUGCUGAGAAAGUACCUGAAAUUGGAAGAGAAUACGGGAGUGACUAAAGUAUCGGACAACGAGGAGUUAGUGCGUGUGUUGAGACGGUACCUGAAGCGGCAGGCGGACCAGGUGCCGCCCGGCGACGCCGACACCGACCCCACGCAGCGCAGCCUGCUCGAGAACCUCGGCCGGUACUACUGCCGCUCGCCAAACAGGGAGCACAUAGUGCAGGACCUGCUGACCGACAGGAACCUGUUGAAAAGACUGUAUCAUGACCUCCGUAAAACGAAGCCGUACCGCGGCAGCCGCGGCGGCGGCGGCGGUGGUUAUGGACCCAGUGGACUCACGAGUGCUUCUCAUUCUAGCAGAAGUUUACUUCGUAGUGGAAGUGUUUACGGCUCGCGAGCGAGCGAUGGCGAGGACUUGCGGUCGCCGCCGAUGUCGCCGCCGCCGCUCAUCGAGGUGUUCAGUGAAUCCCUCGAGGACAAGUUCGUUGAUUGUGGGACUCAGACAGUGCCGAUUCCUGAGGAAGUGUUGUUGGAGAUCGAGCGGUCGUACCGGGAUAAGAUGGAGGCGGCGACGGCGCCGACCAGUCCGACGAGCCCGCCGCCGGAGCGCAAGACGACGCGGCGGCGCUCCAGCGUGGACCACGACGACGUGUCGCAGUCGGUCAGUGACACCAUCAAGCGGUACCUGAGGAUGGCUCGCAAGAAGAGCGUGGACGCGGACAAAGCGGACCGCUUCAAGCGGAUAAAUUAUGACAAGAACUUGCGGAACAUAAAGCCCCGCGCGCCGGGGGAGGUGGACGACGACGGGCCACACAAGGGUUGUCAGACGGAGGAGGGUUGGAUCCUGACGUAUAGGGAGUUGCAAUUCGCGUCGGUGGCGUCGACGCCGACGUCGCCGCCGUCGCCGUCGCAGCCGCACUCGUUCCUGGCGACGCUGCUGGGCCGCAGCGCGCCUACAGUGGCCCCGCCCGCAGGUGGCAUGCAGAAGUCGCGCUCGUCGUCCAGCGUGGUGCAGAGCGUCAGCAAGCGGCUGUGGCGCACGCGCAGCCGCAGCUCCAGCCGCGCCGCCGCCGUCUGGACGCCUCAGGGCAGCUGUUGCUGGGUAGACGGCAGCGGGCGCUGCGUGCGGCUGGCGGACACGUCGCUGCUGACGCUGAGCGAGUCUCUAACCCUAGCGUUUGGCAGCUGUUGCUGGGUAGACGGCAGCGGGCGCUGCGUGAGGCUGGCGGACACGUCGCUGCUGACGCUGAGCGAGGUGGAGCGGCGCGCGCUGCAGCAGGCGGCGCUGGCCAGGCUGCAGCAGAUCAACCUUGGGACCACUAUCAAAAUUCCAGAGGAGAACGCGGUAGCAGCGACGACAAAGCCCAAGAGAAGAGCGUACCUGCUGAAGAGGAAGGCGCUCACCACCGGCUUCUUCGACCAGAGCCGCACCAAGGACGCCGACAAGGAUAAGGAGUCCUCCGGUGGCAGCGUGUUUGGCGUGCCGCUCGCGCAGUGCGUGGAAACGGAGCGGGCGCUGCGGCGGCAGCAGCACGGCGGCUCCCGCGCAUCGCUCGCUUCGCUGGGCGCGCUCGAGAAGGGCGACGAUAGCGAGUCCUGCGACUCCGGCGACUGGGGGUGGUCAGGGCUGGAGGAGGCGGGGGGCGGCGGGCCGAAGGUGCCCGCGCUGAUUUCCGCCUGCCUGGCCCACCUGAGGAGGGUGGGGCUCCACACGCAAGGACUCUUCAGGGUCUCGGCCUCCAAGAAAAGAGUUAGACAGCUACGGGAAGACUGGGAACGGGGCCAGGAGGCGGCGCUGGAUACGGCGGUGUGCCCGCACGACGUGGCCACGCUGCUCAAGGAGUUCCUGCGGGAUCUGCCCGACCCGCUCCUCUGCAGGGACUUGUACUCUGCCUUCCUUAAUACACAGAAAAUCCGCAACCGCAGACUCCAGUGGGAAGCGCUGCGACUAAUCGUGCAGCUGCUGCCAGCGGCGCACCGCGACACGCUGCACGCGCUGCUGUCGUUCCUAGCGCAGCUCGCAGCGCACGCGGACGACGCGGCGCAGCCCGGCAACAAGAUGGACGCUGCUAACCUCGCCACUGUUUUCGCGCCCAAUAUCCUGCACAAGAAUAAGCCCAACGAGCCCGCCAAUGCAGAGCAGCUAUCAGAGCGCGCCGACGUGAUCAACGUCGUCAGACAACUGGUGGAGCGGCAGACGGAGCUGUGGACGUUACCAGGAGAGCUUCUACACGAAGCGUAUAUCCACAUGUCGCAUACCGCGCCGGCGCAUCUGGACUCGCUGUUAUUGCGGAGAGCAGAAUGUGCGCCCGAGCCCGCUUCAGUUUCCCUAAGCGGCGGCUCGACCGGCGGCGGUAGGCGCGUGUGGCCUCGCGAGUUGUUCACGCACGGCGCCGCUGCCACUGGCGGCCCGGGCAACGUGGAAUCGCCCAGGCGCAGUGAGAAAUCAUACUCACGGAGUCGAAGGACGCGGGAGACGGCAUCCGACACCUCGUCAGGAUCUAUGUCUUCCACCAUCACCACCGUGCUGACCAGCAAGGCGGUGGUGGUGUCGGAGGGCGGCAGCAGCGGCAUCGGCUGCACGCCGCACGCGCGCGACUCCGCGCCCGACUCCAACGACUCCGCCAGUGACUACAACGAGACGCUCGGCGGCUCAGACGAGGACAGCUGCGUGAUAACCGCCUCCCUCCACAUCCCCGCCGCGUCGGUCUCCCGCGCGCGUCCCGCCCCGCCCCCGCGCCGCCGCUCCACCUCCGGAUCGGAGUCGUCGGAUCGUCGGGCGCGUCGGCUGUAG